AUGGUCGCGCCAGCGGUCCCUGAAAUCACCGAGGAGAUCCUCCACGAGUCGAUCGAUGCACGAACCGAAUCCCUCUCUGGCUUAAGAGAACUUGGUCCUCCCGAUCUCGUCCAUCUUCUCAAGCAUGCCGUGCGAAACCCAGCUAAACAGACUGGCGUCUACCACCAUGUGACCGGUGUCGAUGCAUCCUCUUCUGCGAGUCUAGCAGCAUAUAUUAAUACCCUGACCUACAAAGAAUCCGGGCCAAAUGCGACAAACAAGAUUGUCGAGGGUGUCUACUGCUGCUACAAUGCCUUCUCGCGACUCGACAUGCGCGUGCACGUAUCGAUCCCCGGAACCGUAGAAAGCUACUGCGUUGACGAACGAGGCGAGAAGAGGAAGGCAUCUGAGGAGCUUUGGCUGGAGACUUAUCUAUGCAGUGUUCUUCGAGCUUACUCAUACGCAGACGAUGGUAGCGGUGAUACCAUUCGAAAGAUUAUGGGUGUUCGAAGAUUCAAUCCUGUUACAAACACUGAAACCGAGCAUCGUUUCCUCCAUGCCGCAGAACAGCUCUUCUUCAGGGGAUGGCAGCUGGGUUCCGAUUCUGUGGUUCAGGUGCCUACCAACGUGUCGAAUCACCUAACUACGGGUCUGCUCAAGUAUCUCGAGACAACCGGACGCUAUGCCUCUGGAAUAAACUUGUUUGAGAAGCUUCGAACGCAAAGCGUUGAGGUAUCAUCCCUACUAGCGAAGGUCAUGUUUAUGGGACACGAGGAGGUUGCUGGUGUCCGAACGCUUCACCAAUCUUUGCAAGAAACUCCCAUGGACUAUGUCAUGCUCGACACACAAGCUGAAUUCCUGUUGCACAAGGCCAAGAGUGCCCCAACACCUGAGCUCAGAGACGAAAGGCUGAAGAUGUCUCUUGGUUGCGCGGAUCGCGCUACUGUCGCCGCCCCGACCGAGUUCAGCACCUGGGCGAGACUGGCCCAGGUAUAUGUAGCCAUGGAAGAUUGGGACAAUGCGCUUACCAUUCUCAACUCAUGCCCUAUGUUCACCUACCAAGACAAGGACACACCCCUGAUGCCAGAACCGAAGGAGGUCCACUUGCCAACUCUCCCUGAAACUCGCCUUGAUGAGAUUGACAGCGAGCCCGAGUCGCGAUACUCAGAACAGGUCGACCCUAGCUUGCUCAACCUGCGAGCGGCAUCCUACAGGGGCACUUUUAAGAAAGCGUACGAUAUUCUGACCGAGAUGACUGCCAAGAUUGGUUGGGACCAGCUUCUGAAGAUCAGGAGUAAUGUAUUUGUGAUGGAGGAUGAGUACCGCUCAGAGAAGCAGGAGGCUACUCAGCCUGCCUCCUCGGCAAAGCGAACUCCUAGCACAGAUGGUCUACGGGGUACACCUGAUCAGACUGUCAACCAAGAUGAAGAGACUGAGGACGAAGAGGUUGAGAAGCUUGAUGAGGCCGCUUCCAAAGCUGAGGAAGCUGGUGAGGUCCCUGCCACCAACGGUACCAGCGAACAGGAUAAGAUCGAGAAGCCUUCUAAUAUCAUCGACCCAGGCGAAGCAAAGGCGGACAGUGAGACAACCAAGAAUGAUGAGCAUCUGUCCAAGCUCAACACCAAGCGCCUUUGUGAGCGCUGGCUAGACAGCCUGUUUAUGGUUCUCUACGAGGACCUCCGUGUCUACACAAUCUGGCGUACCCAGAUGGCCCAGUACCGCGCCCAGCAGAUGCAGUACAAGAAGUCGGCAGAAGAGUGGGAGAUCCUCGGUUCUCUCGCCGAGCGUCUUCAGCACGUCGACGAAGCUGUCGAGGCGUAUCGCGCCUGCCUAUCAAUCCGAUUCAGCCCCAAGGCCCUCGCCGGCAUCCUUCGUGUCUUUGAGAAAACUAAGAGCACAAGAGAGACUGUGGCGUCCGUCAUCCGACUAGUGACAUGGCAGUACCGAUGGUACAGCGAGUUCAGCCCCGAGCUGCUGCACACGAUACGGACUCUGAUCGAGGACGAGGGAGCAGUGAAGGUCCGUAGCAUCAUUCAAGCUACCAGCUUGCCGCAGAAUGUGCUGGAUCUCACACAUCACUAUGCUGCGCUGUGCGCAACAUUCAGGAGCAGCGGUACCGACGGUUAG